AUGGACGCCGAGGAUGAGCACCUGGCAUAUGGCAGCGAUGCAAUUGCAGACGAAAAGAGCAAUGGCGACCCAUCUAGGUCUCCCCGGUCACAACCCGAGGUCACGGAAAGCAACGCCGAGCUGGAGGAGCUCAAGGCGCGAGAGAUCACCGACGCCUGUAGACGGAGAGAUAUUGAGGGCCUGCAGGCUCUAGCUGAGUCUCCUGGAGGGUUCAUCAAAGAUGAACUGCGGCAACAGGCAUGGCCUAUACUGCUAGGACUACCAGUUCAGCUCCCAAGUGACGAGGACGAGAAGGUGUCUGUUGUCAGCCACGAAGCAGUGCGCUUGACUGCCUCAGAGUUCGUCGACGACUCAUGGAAACAUCUCAAGCCUCACAAGGAAGAGGAGCAAGUGAAGCUGGACGUCGCCAGAGCUUUUGUCUACUACCCUAAUUACGAAUCCGACCAAGAGCUCACCCUCCAGAAGCAGGAGCUGUCCGACCUCAUUCUCUCCGUCCUGAGGCGGCACUCGUACCUGUGCUACUUCCAAGGCUAUCACGACAUAUGCCAGGUCUUCCUCCUCGUCCUCCCCACCCACCUCCGCAGCCCGGCCGUGGCCCGCCUCUCGGCCCUGCGCAUCCGCGACUUCAUGCUCCCCAACCUCUCCGCCGCCAUCGCCCAGCUGCGCCUGAUCCCGGACAUCAUCCGCGCCGCGGACCCGGCCCUGGCGCGCCACCUCCCGCAGGCGGAGCCCUUCUUCGCGCUGUCGGGCACGAUAACCAUGUACGCGCACGACGUGCAGUCGCUCGGCGAGAUCGCCCGCCUCUUCGACGUGCUCCUCGCCGCCGAGCCCGUCUUCUCGGUGUACGUCUUCGCCCAGAUCGUCAUCGGCCGCCGCGACGAGCUCUUCUCCGUCCCCGCGGGCGAGCCCGAGGUCCUCCACUCCGUCCUCUCCAAGCUGCCCCAGCCCCUCGGCGCCGACCGCAUCGUCGCGGGCGCCUGCCGCCUGCUCGCCGACCACCCGCCCGAGUCCCUGCCCUCCUGGCGCCGCGGCGUCUCCCCCCACAGCGUCCUCAAGACGGCCCGCUCCGCGCGCGACUGCGCCGGCCAGAGCCUCGCCGUCGGCGCCUACUUCUUUGACCAGCAGAUCAUCGAGCUCCGGCGCGAGGAGAGGCGCGAGAGGGUCCUCAAGGCCCUCUGGCGUUACAGGAAGCCCGCCAGGGCCGUCGGCGUCGCGGUCGCGUUCGGCGUGCUGGCGUACUGGAUCCGCAGGUCGGCCUUGUCGAACGGCGUCGCUGCCGGUCCGGUGCGGUACAUGACGGCACUGGUCUCUGCGUGGUGGCAGGAGUUCUCGUAA